UCCCGCAGCAUAAAAACUCAGUGCGACCAGCGGCUGAGGAGCCUUGGUCUGACACCCGGCAUUUCAGUGUCACGAAUAAUUUUCAGCACGCCGGCCAUCUGAGGUGGGACUGCCCUUCUUUACCGGCUUAGCGAGUUAUCUGUUUGAUUUUCCCAAAAGGUUGUACCAGUAGAAGACUGUGGAAGAUCCUGUCGUUUACAGUUGGUGGAGCCGUUGCGCUUUGCACUGGGCUCCUGACUGCUGUCUACCUGGCCACUCUGCAUGAAAAUGACCUGUGGUUCUCCAACAUUAAGGAGGUGGAGCGGGAGAUCUCCUUCCGGACCGAGUGUGGGCUGUACUAUUCCUACUACAAGCAGAUGCUGCAGGCACCCAGCCUUGCGCACGGUUUUCAUGGCUUAAUGUAUGAUAACAAAACUGAAUCUAUGAAGACAAUUAACCUCCUUCAACGAAUGAAUAUUUACCAAGAGGUUUUUCUCAGUGUUUUAUAUAGAGUUCUACCCAUACAGAAAUACUUGGAGCCAGUGUAUUUUUAUAUUUACACCUUAUUUGGACUCCAGGCGAUCUAUGUCGCAGCUCUCUACACAACCAGCUGGCUCCUCAGCGGCACGUGGCUGUCAGGCCUGUUAGCCGCUUUCUGGUAUGUCACAAACAGGACAGACACGACCAGGGUGGAGUUCACGGUCCCGCUGAGGGAGAACUGGGCGCUGCCUUUCUUCGCAAUUCAGAUCGCAGCCGUCACAUGCUUCCUGAGACCACACCUGCGGCCGCUGCCUGAGCGGCUGACCCUGCUUGCCAUUUUCAUCUCAACUUUCGUCUUCAGUCUGACGUGGCAGUUUAAUCAGUUUACAAUGCUGGUGCAGGCACUGGGGCUGUUUGCCCUGGACUCCCUGGACAUGCUGCCCGCCCUGAAGGCAACGUGGCUGUACAUGACCCAGAUCUCGGCCUUGCUCCUGGUCUGCGCCCUGCAGUUUCUCAAUUCCAUGAUCCUUGGAUCGUUGCUUAUCAGUUUUAACCUUUCAGUAUUAAUUGCAAGAAAACUUCAGAAAAACCUGAAAACUGGAAGCUUCCUUAAUAGGCUUGGGAAACUAUUGUUACAUUUAUUUAUGGUUUUAUGUUUGACGCUUUUUCUCAACAACAUUAUUAAGAGAUUUCUUAACCUGAAGUCGGAUGAGCACAUAUUCAAGUUUCUGAAGGCAAAGUUUGGGUUUGGAGCAACAAGAGACUUUGAUGCAAACCUAUACCUGUGUGAAGAGGCGUUCGGCCCCCUGCCCUGGAACACGCUCGGGAGGCUCUCAGACACCCUGCUUCUCCAUGCCUACCUGUUUGUCCUGUGCAUCACUGUGCCUGCAGCGCUGGCUAUCGCCCUCCGUAACCUCAGCAGCUCUCCCACCCAGCCACCCCUGGGUGAGACAGAAAGGUGCACAGUCAGCCUGGGACCUGACACCACCUACAACCUAACGCACACCAUUGUGUUUGGAGCCUUGGCAUUGAGCACAAUGAGAAUGAAGUACCUGUGGACGCCGCACGUGUGUAUGUUUGCAGCUGCCGGCCUGUGCAGCCCUGAAGUAUGGGGGUUGCUUCUGAAGGUCGCCCACCUGUAUACCCCAGCGAGGGUGUGUGUGCUGCGGUUCGCAGUCCCAAUGGCGGUGCUGCUCUACUUGGGCUGGGAGUUCUGGCCAGGAGUGAUGGAUGAGCUCUCGGAGUUGAGGGAAUUCUAUGACCCAGACACAGUGGAGCUGAUGCACUGGAUUAAGCACUUGCUACCCGAGCAGGGUGGCCCUGAGCUUCGCCCGGCAUUGUCCUCACUGUUGUCUGUGGGAAACCCAGUCAUGGGGCUAACCAAGACUCUGAAAUCUUUCAGCUCCAACACCCCGGGGACGGCUGUGUUCGCUGGCAGCAUGCAGCUGCUAGCCGGAGUUAAGCUGUGCACGGGAAGAACCCUCACCAACCACCCCCACUACGAGGAUAGCAGCCUGCGGGCACGGACCAAGGCGGUUUAUCAGAUCUACGCAAAGAGGCCUCCGGAGGAGGUACACACCCUGCUGCGGGCCCUGGGUGCUGACUAUGUUAUCCUGGAGGACAGCAUCUGCUAUGAACGCAGGCACCAGCGGGGCUGUCGGCUACGGGAUCUGCUGGACGUGGCCAAUGGACACAUGAUGGAUGGCCCAGGAGAGAACUACCCAGAUUUGAAGCCUGCAGGGCACCCUCGCUUCUGUGAGGAGAUAAAGCGGGACCUACCUCCCUACAGGGCACUCUUCACCCGGGUGUUUCAGAACAAGACAUUCCACGUCUACAAGCUGUCCAGGAGCAAGUGACAAGCUCCUGCUCGGUCUCCGUGCACGAAGCUCGAUAAGGCUUCGCAUGUAAUUAGGUCGCUCAAACCUUAACGCUGUGAUCUGAGUAAGUUCCGCAGGUGUUUACACAACUGUCCCCAUCUUUGGAAUAUCUUAUAGCAGCUUAAUUAUUGUUCAUCUUGUCCCUGUCUUUCCCCUGAAUGUUCUCUAGCCAACUUCCUAGGAGGGAUGUAGGAUCCCAUGGCAGGGAAACUUACAUGUCCAUCUGCGGCCUGAGCAGCCACGUGUCCUGUGGGAAAUCCACAGCCGGUCCGGGGUUUGAAACACGGAACUUUUAGUUGACCUCAGGCAGUGGUGGUUGAAAUGCAUCGAGGGGACACAUAGUUAACUUAUUUAGUUAUCUCACUAGUGAAGGCCAAUUGGUGGCUUUUUAAAAGCUCUUUAUUGUCCUGUUUCACCUCAAAAUUUUAUAAUGUUUUCAAAUUACCAUGCAUUUAAUAUUUCAGAAAAAUCAUGUUAGGUCUUUGUAACUAAAACUUUGUUGUGCUCUGUCUGAAAUGUAAGGUGUAACGUGUCAUGUCUGUGUGUAUGCGUGCAUGUGCAUGUGUGGGCGCAUGUGUGUGCCUGUGUCAGUGCUGGACACGCAGGAGUUUCAGGUGUCGUGUUGAGUCUAUAAGGAGCAGAAGAAGUGUGUGUGUGGCUGUGUGUGCUGGUACUGUCCAGUGUUAUUCACCUUAAAACCUGCUGGCACUACUUAACCCAUCCUGCAAGAAAGAUGACUUUUCUUUAUUUCUUACUAGUUUAAAUUUACUGGGUUUGCAAAAUUUUGUAAGCAUUUUGUUUUUAGCCUUUGUAUUUUUUACAGCCUAGAAUCUUGUAAAGUCUGAAUAUUUUUCAAAUAUUGUAUCCUAACUAAUACAGUAUUUUUGGGAAAGAGCAUUUUCCUACCAAGUUUGACUUGGUCUCGUCUCCCUGAGUCUGGGAGCGGGAGCAUUUCCUCCUUAAGGGAACCAAGUGCCUCUGAGUCCUGCUCACCGUGAACAGAAGGGGUCCGUGCACCUACUCAGAAGGUCUUGCUUUUAUAAUUUCCAGUAAUGGGGAUGUAUAAAAGUUGCUGAUAAAAGCAUAUUGUUCAUUUAAUUAAAUCAAGAUGGCUACUGAA